AAGCAGGUGAAAUAUGAAGAACGUGCUGGGUCUCGGCCUUAUUUGUUUGCUCCUCUGGCCCGAGCCCGCGGAGGCUCAGUUUCCCCGAGUGUGCUGCACAGUCGAGGGGAUCCGGUCCAAGCAGUGCUGCCCCUCUCUGGGCUCAGAUCCCGCCAACGUGUGCGGCUCUCUGUCGGGGAGAGGAAGCUGCCUGGCCGUUCGCGUCGACAACAAACCCUGGGGAGGACCGUACAGACUGAGGAAUGUUGACGACAGAGAGAGGUGGCCCACCAAAUUCUUCAACCAGACUUGCAGAUGCACUGGUAACUUUGCAGGGCAUGACUGUGGUCUGUGCAAAUUUGGCUGGACCGGACCGAACUGUGACCAGAGGAAAGCCCCUGUGGUGCGGAAGAACAUCCACUCCCUGACCCCAGAGGAGCUCCAGGAGUUCCUCAAUGUUCUGGAGCUGGCCAAGACCACCACCCACCCAGACUAUGUCAUUGCCACCCAGCACUGGCUGGGACUCCUGGGACCAAAUGGAACUGAGCCCCAGGUUGCCAACAUCUCCAUCUAUGACUUCUUUGUCUGGCAACAUUACUACUCUGUCCGAGACACUCUUCUUGGUCCUGGUCGUCCAUUCAAAGCCAUUGAUUUCUCCCACAAAGGACCAGCAUUUAUCACCUGGCACAGGUAUCACCUCCUCAGCCUUGAAAGAGAGCUACAGAGACUGACUGGCAACGAGAACUUUGCGAUCCCUUACUGGAACUUUGCCACAGGGCAAAGUGAGUGCGAUGUGUGUACCGACUCUCUGCUCGGGGGCCGAAACCCAGACAACCCGUUCCUCAUCAGUAACCAGUCCAGGUUCUCCAGAUGGGGGGUGGUCUGUAACAGUUUGGACGACUAUAAUCGUCUGGUGACCCUCUGUAACGGCACCAACGAGGGUCCCAUUCAGAGGGGCACGAUGGGGGGAGGAAAUGCGUCUCUGCCCUCCAUGAACGACGUCAGGAGCUGUCUCGGGAUCAGAGACUUCGACAGCCCUCCAUACUUCACCAACUCCUCCUUUAGUUUUAGAAAUGCUCUUGAAGGGUACGAAAAACCAAAUGGAGAGCUGGACGAAUCUGUCAACAACCUCCACAACCUCGUCCACUCCAUGCUCAACGGCACCAGCGCGUUGUCUCACUCUGCUGCCAACGACCCCAUCUUUCUGGUGCUCCACGCUUUCACUGACGCCAUUUUUGACGAGUGGAUGAGAAGGUUCCUUCCAUCCAACGCCACCUUCCCAGACGAGAUGGCCCCCAUCGGUCACAACAGGGACUACAACAUGGUUCCCUUCUUCCCUCCCAUCACCAACGAGGAGAUAUACGUUACUUCAGAGCAGCUGGGAUAUUCCUACGCCGUUGAUCUGGAUGACACAGAAGGAGGGCCGAAUGUGUUCGUGCUGGGCUCCACUCUGGGGGGAGUCUUCAUCGGUCUCUUGGUGCUUCUCCUUAUCUUCGUGCUCUACCUGCGUCAGCGGAGAAACAGAGGCUUUGAGCCGCUGAUAAAAGCAGACUUCACAAAUAGAAAGUACACAGACGAGGCAUAGAUUUCAGCUGCUGUUCUGAAACGCGCUCACACACACACACACACACACCUGAGAAAGAUGGAGCAGGCUAACAUCAGUGUUCUAUGAUGCAAGAGGAAACUACUAAUCCUGUAAAUGAACCACUUUUACUUCUUAGAUGUUAGAUCUAAUUUCAUAUAAAAACAACGAUGUGAAUCAUGUAGUAUCCAUUGAAAAAUACGAACCGUGACCCAACACGAGUUCAAGUGAGACCAAUCAUAAUGAAUGUAUACUUUAAGUGGUUUCAUAACUUCCUUUUUUAGCAGCUAACAAAAGCAUGGCCCCAUUUCCACCCAUCCUUCAUGACUAUACACCGUCUGCAGUUCCUUCAUAAGAGCCACCACAAAAACAAAUCUAUUGGAAUGUUUUUAAUAAAUAUUUAUUCUCAAGAACAGUAACAAAACACAAAUGCAAUCAUCUUAAUUGCACUGAAAAAACAAUAAGGCAUAUUUGCUCAACUAGUUCUUCACCCCUCUCAGUUUGAAUGAGCUUCAAACUCCAACCAAAAGUCACCUCAUGAGGAUAAGACUUCAUACAGCAAUGCGUUGAUUGUAAAAAAAAUGCUGACGUACUGUGUUUCCUGCUAAUUGUAUUUUUCAGAUUAUUUGUCUGAGCAGACAUCCAUUUUCCAUAUUUUAUUGCAAAAAUAUUACCAUUAAAAGUUCAAUGAUACAAAACAUAAAAAGGGCAUCCUGUAAGACCAAUAGUCAUAAUAAAGAAUCCUUUUAAAUGACACAUUUGACAUAUUUCUCGAUAUUUUUUGUUCUUGCAAUGUGGAUGCAAACGCUGACGUAAAUGCAAUA